GCCGGGCGCGCAGAGCUGAGGCGUGUCCGCGCCGCCGCGUUCCGCGCCGCCCCGCCCUCGGCCCGCUCCCGGCGCUCCUAGGCUCCUAGCCGCAACCCCCGCUGUAGCUGCCGCUUCUCCCGCCGUCACCGCCUCCGAGAAAAUGGCUGUGCCUCCCACAUAUGCUGAUCUCGGCAAGUCCGCCAGGGAUGUCUUCACCAAGGGCUACGGCUUUGGCUUAAUAAAACUUGAUUUGAAAACAAAGUCCGAGAAUGGAUUGGAAUUCACCAGCUCGGGCUCUGCCAACACAGAGACCACCAAAGUGAAUGGCAGCCUGGAAACCAAGUACAGGUGGACUGAGUACGGACUAACAUUUACGGAGAAGUGGAACACAGACAACACCCUGGGCACCGAGAUCACCGUGGAAGACCAGCUUGCGCGUGGACUGAAGGUGACCUUUGACUCGUCCUUCUCGCCUAACACUGGGAAAAAGAAUGCUAAAAUCAAGACAGGGUACAAGAGGGAGCAUAUCAACCUAGGCUGUGACGUGGACUUUGACAUCGCUGGGCCCUCGAUCCGGGGUGCUCUGGUGCUUGGCUAUGAGGGCUGGCUGGCUGGCUACCAGAUGAAUUUUGAGACUUCCAAGUCCCGAGUGACCCAGAGCAACUUCGCAGUUGGCUACAAGACGGAUGAAUUCCAGCUUCAUACUAAUGUGAACGACGGGACAGAGUUUGGUGGCUCCAUUUACCAGAAGGUGAACAAGAAGUUGGAGACUGCUGUCAAUCUUGCCUGGACAGCAGGAAACAGUAACACUCGCUUCGGAAUAGCAGCCAAGUAUCAGGUCGACCCUGACGCCUGCUUUUCGGCCAAAGUGAACAACUCUAGCCUGAUUGGCUUAGGGUAUACUCAGACCCUGAAGCCAGGAAUCAAACUGACACUGUCAGCUCUGCUGGAUGGCAAGAACGUCAAUGCGGGUGGCCACAAGCUUGGUCUAGGACUGGAAUUUCAAGCAUAAAUGAAUAUUGUACAAUCGUUAAUUUUAAACUAUUUUGCAGCAUAGCUACCUUCAGAAUUUAGUGUACCUUUUAAUGUUGUAUGUUGGGGAUGCGAGAAUUGAUAAAUACCACGUUACACCUCCAUGCUAAGGAUGACUCGGCUUUAAGGUGUUUACCACUUCAGAGGUACAGCAGAGACCCCAUUCCAGAAAGGGUUCUUUUGGCUGUAGGCAUGGGUUGGGGAGGAGCCCCUCUGGAGAUGCCAGGCUGCAAGUGGAAGCUGGGAAUGUGUGGGCCCGUUGUAAAUCUGUAUCCACUCUCCAGAUGAAAUUGUGAUUUCCUGAGUGACCCAGGUGUCCCAAUCCUAACAGCCGGGAAGCAUGUACACACCUCUGUGACAGGGACACUUUAGCAGAUCGUGAUGCCCUGUUCUUAUCCUAGCCCAUCAGUUACCCGGUUUACACCAAAAGUAGUUCUCAGGGUGUGGUUAGCUGUUUCUUCUGUGCCAUUUUAGGGCGGAGAGGGUGGGCAUGACGGAGGAAGCCAUUCAGGACUUAAUGCUUCCCUGUGUUGUGGUGUGGUUUCUUUUCUUUCUUUCUUUCUUCUUCUUUUUUUCAACCCUCUCCCUCUCCCCCGCUUCUUUUUUUUCUGCCAUUGCACCAGAGUAUGAAAUAGCUUCCGGUUUUUCCAGCCCUGAGCUGGGCAGGUGAUUGCGGUCACACCCUGACAACACUAGGGAUCUAAACUGACUUCUGUUGUAGCCUCACCACUCUUAUUUCUUAGCAGUUUAAUAGGUACAUUAUAGAGUCUUCCAUUUUGUGUGGAAUUAGCUCCUCCCCUUCAAAUGCUGUAAUUAACAUCACUUAAAAUAAAACUUGAAUAAAAUAUUGA